AUGGCCGACGAUGGCAUCACGGACGAGGCCGGCACGGGACAAAAGCAGCUUGUCAUCUCAAGCGGAAAUACGGCAUUCGAGUUCCUCAAGCUGCCCCCCGAGAUCCGCAACAAAAUCUAUUGGAAUGCUCUGGUAAAGAAUCACGACUGUCACUUUUUCUUCCAGCCACCGCUCACUCGCGUCAACAAACAAAUCCGCUCUGAGUCGCUCCCGGUACUCUAUGGCAACAACAAGUUCAGCGUUUGCCUUUUCGAGGGUUUCCUCUCUGACUUUCCGUGGAAAUUCCCAGAACUUCGAAAGCGCUGGGACACACCGCCGCAGAUACCGGCGGUGUCCACUGUGUCAAGCUUUGCCUACAUCACCAGGCUUGAUAUCAGACAUGAGUUCUGGGAUGGAGAAUACCCAGGGAGCUGUGUCUUCAUCGACGUCUGCAUGAGGGACAAGGAGCCAAACUGCCCUGGUUUGCAAAAUCAUCGCAAGAGGGACAUGAAGCCAGUCUGCGCUGGUUUGCGUAAUCGUCUCAUGAUUAGGCGACCUGAAUCGGGUUGGGAGUCCCGUGUAGAGAUUGUCUCGAUCUGCAUUCACCUCUUGUCGCACAGCGCAAGCUUGUUGGAGUGGCAUGGGGACAAUCCCUUGUUUCAACCGGUCUUGGACUAUAUGGUGGAGGUGAUGGAAUCCUUGUUCUUCAUCGCAGAGAAGUGCCCUGCGGCGGCAAACUGGGUCUGGUUGGUGGUCGAGGCAAGUGAUAUCGACUAUCCAUACACUGAAUACGAUGAUGUAUUCGAUGAGGACCUCUGGAUUCCAAUGUGGUUUUAUCUAGAGGGCCACUAUGAUUCAGAGGGAUACAUUCCAGGAGAAUCUGAUUUUGAAGAGGGAGAUGACUGAGCCAUUUGGACAUGAUGACCAUUGACAGGCUCAUGUUUCGGGGCAGCGAGGGCCGAUCUUGAAGCAAAUGCUUCGUAGCAAUUGAUCGAUCUAGUUUAGAGACAAAUCGUCCUACUCAGGCUGCAUGAGGAGACAGAGAGGCAGCUAGGUCGAUGAGGGCUGCCCCAGUUCUCGGUGGCCUGCCCUCGGGUAGUUAGCUCUGACUUGCACUUCAAUCACGCUAAUACAGUCAGCUCCCAAU